AUGUCCGACACAUCGUCUGUCCCGCCAUCACCCACUCUUUCCAGCUCUUCCGGUCCUUACCCAACAACGCUCGCUUUACGGGAAAACCAGCCUGAACUUCGUUUCAAUUCAAGCCUUCUUUCACCUGACUCGCCCAUACACAACCGUAAGGCUAGUGUGGGAACUCUCACAAGCUCGAAUGAAGGAACAGUUGUGGAAGAGCAUCGCAGUGAAAAGUCUGCUUCUGGUUCUGAUACACACAGUUACACGCAGUACGACGCGUCGCGUUCGCCCUCCCGUGAAAGGACACAGAGCGCGUCGCCUGAGAGGAGGCCUGAGGUGCAGAAAGAGGAGAAAGAUCAGUCAAUGGAGAAAGGGAAGAAGAAAACGAAAAUGAAAAAAGACGAUGAGGAGGAGGAAGAUCCAGCCGGUCAUCGAGCAGAACUAAAGCAAGAUGCCAAUUUUGACCCCACACCUUUCCGUUUCAAGCCUUACCAGCUGGCUCACAUGCUUGACCCCAAGAACUUGGAUACCCUACAGGACAUAGGUGGAACCUCUGGUCUACUGCGCGGUCUGGGCUCCGAUAGCAUCCAUGGGCUCGGCUCAGGUCCAGGGCGUGCUGAUGGUCGGCCAGGCGCUGGGGAUGGUGCUUCCGACCGACAUGAUCCUGAGAGGGAGGUGCCUGCCAUCACUCUCACCGAGCCUGGCGGGGAUGUUCAUUCCACCCAUGCCUCUGAUAUUGACGACGAAGCUGCAUUCGCGGCUUCGUUCGAUGACCGUCGGCGCGUUUACGGGCCCAAUGUAUUGCCCGAGCGUCGUAGCAAAUCCUUGUUGCAGCUUAUGUGGACAGCCCUCAAGGACAAAGUUUUGAUUUUACUAUCUAUUGCUGCUGUUGUCUCUCUUGCUCUCGGGUUCUUUCAAGAUUUCGGUGUCACUCGAGAUGCAAGCGACGGUCCUCCGGUCGAUUGGGUGGAAGGUGUUGCCAUUAUGGUUGCUAUCAUCAUUGUCGUGGUCGUCGGUUCUUUGAACGACUGGCAGAAGGAGCGCCAAUUCAAAUCUUUGAAUGAACGAAAGGAGGAACGUGGCGUUAAGGUCAUUCGUGACGGUGUUGAGAAACAAGUUGUAGUCGGUGAUAUCGCAUUACUGGAGCCGGGCGAGAUUGUUCCCUGCGAUGGUGUGUUCUUAGGAGGACAUAACGUCAGAUGCGACGAGUCUGGUGCCACGGGCGAAUCAGACGCGAUCAAGAAGGUCACCUUCGAAGAAUGCAAGUCUAUGCUCCACAAACGAGAAGAGGCGGCGGGUCACGCAGCCGACCUGGCACAUACAGACUGUUUCAUCGUUAGCGGUUCGAAGAUAUUGGAAGGUGUUGGCAAGUAUGUCGUUGUUGCUGUUGGAACUAAAAGUUUUAAUGGCAGAAUUAUGAUGGCAUUGCGAGGCGGUGGGGAAAAUACGCCUCUUCAGCUCAAGCUGAAUUUUCUAGCCGAACUGAUUGCCAAACUUGGCAGUUUGGCAGGGCUGAUAUUAUUUUCCGCUUUAAUGAUUCGGUUUUUCGUGCAGUUGGGUGCUGGCGAACCUGUCCGUUCGGCGAACGAAAAGGGGAUUGCUUUUGUGAAUAUCCUGAUCAUCUCAGUAACACUGAUUGUUGUUGCUGUUCCAGAAGGUCUACCGCUAGCGGUUACUCUCGCACUGGCUUUUGCGACGAAACGAAUGACUUACGAAAACUUAUUGGUACGGGUCCUGGGAUCUUGCGAAACUAUGGCGAACGCAUCAGUCGUUUGUACAGACAAGACCGGUACCCUUACACAAAACGUAAUGACUGUUGUUGCUGGGUCUGUCGGCGUCCAUGCCAAGUUUGUACGCCAGCUAGAGGAGAAUCAAACACGCACGAACGUCGGCGAGGAAGAGCCCGGUCACCGCAAGCAUCCUCACGAUUUUUCCAUUGAUCAAUCGCAGCUCAAUGAUACUAUGACUCCUGCAUUACGAUCCCUUUUUAACGAGGCUAUCGCGGUGAACUCGACUGCGUUUCAGGACAUCGAUCCAGAAUCUGGAGCGAUCAUUUUCGUUGGUAGCAAGACGGAGACAGCCCUCCUCAAGUUUGCACGAGAGUUGGGAUGGGCAGAUUUCAAGAAGACUCGAGACGGCUCGAACAUCAUCCAAAUGAUUCCCUUUUCUAGCGAGCGCAAGGCGAUGGGAGUCGUUGUCAAACUGGGAGAGAAGAAGUGGCGCUUCUAUGUUAAAGGCGCGAGUGAGAUUUUGUCGAGGAAGUGUACCCACUAUGUCGUCGUACAGAAGCCUGGGAACCCCAGCCCCGUGCAGGACGACGUUGAAGUAACACCAAUUGACGACCACUCAGCCGAUAACAUUGCUCGCACCAUCAUUUUCUAUGCGAACCAGACUUUGCGAACGAUCGCCUUGUGCUAUAGGGAUUUUGACGCUUGGCCGCCUCCCAAUUCUGUCCACGAUGAGCAAAAUGAAGUUGAAUACGCCUCCCUCGCGCAUGAUCUAACCCUCAUCGGUAUCACAGGCAUUGAAGAUCCGCUUCGUGACGGUGUCCGCGACGCCGUCGCUAAGUGUCACAAGGCUGGCGUUACUGUAAAGAUGUGCACGGGUGACAACGUCCUUACUGCACGCUCAAUUGCAUCACAGUGCGGAAUAUAUACUAGUGGCGGUAUCAUCAUGGAAGGACCCAUUUUUCGGAAACUUGACCGCAAUGACAUGCUUGAGAUCGUUCCUCGACUCCAAGUAUUGGCGCGUUCUUCUCCGGAGGACAAGAAGCUCCUUGUUGAGACUCUCAAGUCGCUCGGUGAAAUUGUCGGUGUCACCGGUGAUGGCACCAACGAUGGUCCUGCACUAAAGACUGCAAAUGUCGGAUUCUCGAUGGGUAUUGCAGGGACGGAAGUUGCGAAAGAGGCAUCGGAUAUCAUUCUAAUGGAUGACAACUUUUCAUCGAUCGUGAAGGCUAUCAUUUGGGGACGCUGUGUCAACGACGCGGUCCGGAAAUUCUUGCAGUUCCAGAUAUCUACCAACAUUACGGCCGUUAUUAUCACUUUUGUGACGGCAGUUGCAUCUACUGACGAGGAGCCUGUCCUUACGGCAGUUCAGCUGCUGUGGAUCAAUAUCAUCAUGGACACUUUCGCUGCACUAGCUCUUGCUACGGAUCCCGCAACAGAAAAGCUGCUUGAUCGUAAGCCAGAUAAAAAGACUGCGCCGCUAUUUUCUGCGGACAUGUAUAAAAUGAUUUUGUUCCAAUCGAUCUAUCAGAUCACCAUCUCGCUGGUCUUCCACUUCCUUGGCCUUCAAAUUCUUGGACUCGAUGGGAGUGAUCACAACGAUACCGUUGUGCAGACUUUGGUAUUCAACGCCUUUGUUUUCGCGCAAAUCUUCAACUCGGUCAAUUGCCGACGAUUAGACAGAAAGCUUAACGUAUUUGAGGGGAUUACGAAAAACUACUACUUCAUUGGUAUCACACUUAUCGAAAUUGCUGUGCAAAUACUUAUCGUCUUUGUCGGAGGUGCUGCAUUUGAGGUCACCCGUGUUGGCGGUCGGGAAUGGGGUAUUUCUCUAGCUUUGGGCGUUGUUUCGAUACCACUGGGUGUAGCUGUUCGGCUGAUGCCUACGAAACCAUUUGAGAAGGUCUUCAAGAAGCUGGGACUCCUUGGAGGAAGCGAAAUUCUCCCGACUAAGAAUGCUGACACUGAAGGAUGGACUGGUGCGAUCACUGUCGUUAGAGACAACCUCGGGACGUUUGCGAAUCUGAGAGGUGGUCGAGUUCGUUCGUCGUCGUUUGUGGUCAAGAGCCGCCGGGCAACCUUGUCUGAUGACCAAGGGCCCAUGAGAUUAUCGUCACUCCUUACAAUGGCACCAACAAUGAUGGCGGGCGCUGUAGCUGCUGGUCACAGCUACAUCAAGUCCGGUAAUCUGUCGGAUCCUGCGCACAAUGACCCAUCUGUGUCAUCUGCCGCACUAUGGGAGGGUAAACUCCAAUUACAUCCAGAUACCCCGAGGAACGAUCCCGUGUACAAGAAAUUCGGUGGUCAGCAGAAUAUGGUGUGA